GAAGUAACAGAGUUCAGUGAGAUAGGAAGCAGCAGCAGCCAUUUUAGCUGAAUACAACAACAGAACCAGCAUCCUCCUCCUCUCCCCUCACCCAUGGAGCACAGACAAGGACGCAGUUAACGAACAGUUUUUGUUUCUAUCAGGCUGGCCGUGGAAGUACAAGUGCCAUGGUGACGCUGAAUCACUUGAGUGUAGAGGACCCAGAUGAUGGCUCGUCGCAGCUGCCUGAGGCAGCAGAGGCUGCAACUCCAACACCGGCCUUUCACGUGAAGAAAACCGUCCCAAAGACUGACUCCAGAGAUUUUUUUCUCAGCAGACGGGAGAACCUUUUCUUAAGCCUGGCGCUUCUGAUCGGAUGCUAUUCAGCCAUUCUGAUUCCUGCUUAUCUCUCCUCAUACCAGGAGGAAGCCAUCAGUGAUGACUACCAACAUCCCAAAGAUCUGGUCUUACUAAAUCGAUCAGCCUCUCUGCUGUCAGGACCCUGUCUGCGUCACUGGUGUCUAAACCACCUCAAGCACCUGUCCUGUUCUGUAGGCCUCCAAAACAUCCCCGUGUUUGUACAGCGGGAGAGGCCUGAGCCUUGGAAUCUGCCUCCUCCUCUAGGGUUUCAGGGCAGUGAAGAGCAUCUGGCUGUAGCACUCGCCUCUCUGCCUCAACCUGGCUUGCCUCCAUCGCUGAAGAGACAAGGCAGCUGCAGGCGAUGUGUGGUGAUGGGUAGUGGAGGGAUUCUUCACGGGAGCCAUCUUGGAUCACAUAUAGAUCAGUAUGACAUCAUUAUCAGGCUGAAUAAUGCUCCACUGCAUGGCUUUGAGAGAGAUGUUGGUUCGCGGACAACCAUCCGCCUGUUAUACCCAGAGGGAGCAUCUCACUCUUCAAAUGAGUACAAAAAGACAAGCAUGAUUGCUGUGGUGGUCUUUAAGAGCCUGGACCUGGACUGGCUUACCUCUGUCGUCACCAAACAACCUCUGAGCUUCUGGUCCAAAAUGUGGUUCUGGAACGAAGUUGUGGAUAAUAUUACACUGACACCGGAGAGCUUCAAGAUCCUCCACCCAGACAUUAUUCACAAGACGGGACAAGUUAUACAGAAAUAUGAAAUGAACCAGAGAAAUAAUAAAGUGCCAACGAUAGGUGUCAGUGCAGUGGUGAUGGCUUUGCAGCUGUGUGACCAGGUGAGCCUGGCUGGGUUUGGGUAUGACAUGCAGCACCCCGAGGCUAGGCUUCACUACUAUGAGGCCAGACGCAUGGACUCAAUGAAUUUUCAAGUGGUGCAUGACAUAAUGGCUGAAAAACUCUUCUUGAAGGACUUGGUGGCUGCAGGAGUAGUGACUGACCUAACGGGAGGUGUAUGAGUCAAAGACUGAUGAUAUACUGAAGAACCCUACACACUUCAUACUGACCUUUAAAAUGCUCACAGUCUCGUAGGGUUGACUGGUGGGUGUGUACAUUUAACUCUGACUAUAGAGGCUGAUGUUUCUCGUUGCGAUUCAAUGAAUAUGUUAAAAUCACAGGAUCCUGCAAGUAUGCUAACUGUCAUGGGAGAAGAUGAUUGUGCUACCACACAGAAACAUGCCAAUAACGGUCUGAGUUUAAACUGUGCUACUUCAAUUGUGUUUACAACAAUUUAAUAAACAUGAGAAGUCGAGA